ACGAUUUGCGUACACACACGACACAGCGGUACCUAUUGCGUAACAUUUUUUAAGGGCACUACUAUAUAGUAUAUUGUAGUACGGUACACUUGGCGACUGUUAAAAGUGUUGUUUUAGCCACAGUAGGUUCUUUCAUAUCAAUAAAUUGAUUACCUAUUGCCAGCUCGGAAGUGGUAUCUUUCUCCGAUUUUGUGGUGGUAUUACGCGUACGGGUAAUACCAAACGUGGUAUAAAUUUUAAUUACCUACUUACUGCCGAUUUAUUCGGUAUUCCGUAACUUAAACUUCAAUAGUCAAUAAUUUAUUCGUUUUUUUUUGUACUACCAAGUUCGCGUGUGGCGCCGCGUUUAAUUGCUGUAGUUAUUGUUUAGCGUUUCUUUGAUUAUUUAAUAACAAUUUUAACUUUUCCUCCCCUCCCGCCGAUCGCAGUAUAAGACGCAAGUUACAAAAAGUUCGCCGCCGGGCUGAUGAUAACAACACUGCGCUGACGAUUGACGUUUAGAACAGGACAGGCUUCCGCUGUAUAGCUGUUAUUGUUGAUAAAUAAGUGAUUUUUAAAAUCCGAAAACAAAAUGUCUGAGAGCGUGCAAACUGAAACUAUUACAGCCAAAGGAAAUGAUACUGGUGAAAAAAGUUCUGUUUCAACAGCAGAGUCAAAAAAAAAUAGCAGUUUAAGACAUCGUAAAGUACCUUCGACAGAUUUAACUAAUAAAUCAGAAGAUUGUUUGGCUGAAAAAACUGAUUUAUUAACUGGUGUUUCAAAUGAAAAUAAUGAUGACGUUGUAGCUAACGAAACGAAUGAAUGUAUGGACAUAAGCUCUAUGGCACAAGCUGAGUUUCAACACGUUGCUGCUCAAGCUAGAGAUCUUGGACGUAAAAUGUGGAAUGUUUGUCAUUUCCACAACUUACCUCAAUGGCUUCAAGACAACGAUUUUCUUCAUACUGGUCACAGGCCACCUUUAAACUCCUUUCAAGCUUGUUUCCAGUCAAUUUUUCGAAUUCAUACUGAAACUGGAAAUAUAUGGACACACUUGUUAGGUUGCAUUGCUUUUUUUGCGAUGACCCUAUAUUUUGCAUCCAGACCCGAGGAAGAAUUGUCAUUCCAGGAUAAAUUUGUUUUCAUUACAUACUUUAUUGGUGCUAUUACGUGUAUGGGAUUGUCAUUUGUUUUCCAUACUGUUCAUUGUCAUUCAGAAACGGUUGGAAAACUCUUCAGCAAAUUGGAUUAUUGUGGAAUUGCCAUAUUGAUUAUGGGCUCAUUUGUGCCAUGGUUGUACUAUGGGUUUUACUGUGAGCCGUAUUCGUGGAUAUUAUAUUUGAUACUAGUCGUUGCUUUGGGAUUGAUUUCAAUGAUGGUAGCGCUGUGGGAUAAAUUCAGCGACCCUAGCUUGAGGCCCUUAAGAGCAGGAGUAUUUAUCACUUUCGGAAUGAUUGGAGUUGUUCCAGCCCUUCAUUAUGGUGCUGUUGAAGGCUUUUUCUCUAACUUUACGUUGAUCAGUCUUGGAUGGUUGGUUCUCAUGGGAUUUUUGUAUAUUUCUGGAGCUUUAUUAUAUGCAUUACGUGUACCAGAACGUUUUUUCCCAGGAAAAUGCGAUUUACUGUUUCAGAGUCAUCAGAUAUUCCACGUGUUAGUCAUCUUGGCAGCAUUUGUCCAUUACCACGGCAUUACAAAAAUGGCUGAAUAUAGACUAAGUAAAGGUGAAUGUGAAGUGCGACCAGCAGUUGUAUAGUUCAGAAGUAAGAAAACCAAAAAUUGGUUACAAAACAAAACCAAUACUACACAAAUCAAUUAACGAACUAGUUUUUGGGGAAUUACUUUUUUCUUUUAUGAGUAAUCGUUGCUGUGAUGAUUUCCAAAUACAGUAAAAAAAAAAUUCUUAAAAAUCUUUUGUUAUAAUUAUACAUUGUUCGUACACUAAAUCAUAGAAUCAGUUACAUUUACAUGUAGUCUAUAAAAUAUCUUAAUUAAGGUCAUAUAGAUAAUAUAUAUAUAUAUAUAUAUAAACACAAAAAUAAAAUAUUAUAUAUUUUAUACUACUUAUAGAAGUAUGUAUUAUCAUAGUUUUGCACUUAUUUGGUUUUAUUUGUUAUUUUCCAUUUUUUUCUUAAUAUAAUUUCUGACCACUAAAUUUGUCUAAAGUACGCUCUUUAAAGAAUUUUAGCAAACUCAAAAAACAUGUUUUUUUUUUUUUGAAAGAAAAAAAGUAUAUUGAUUUUUAUUAUUUUUUAAUUAACAGUUUUACUAAAAGUAAUGUUUGUAUAUAUUAAUAAUUCUUGCUUGCUUACUAUCAAAAUUGUAAUUGAAUAAUAUAACAAAUAAAUUGUUGUGAAACUUCAUUCUAUUUUUGUAUACAUAUUACAAUUUAAAGGAUUUUAUCUCUCCAAUUAACAAUAUUAUGAUUUUUGUCUUUCAUUUUUACAUAUAUAGUAAAGAAAAAGUAUAAACAAUUAUAUAGACAACAAUCGAAGGUAUUAGUAGAGAUCAGCCCUUUUUUUGUAAUUGGUAUUUUAACAAACAAUAAAAAAAAAUAUUUAUAUACAAAUGAUUAGGAAAACAUUAAAUUUAACUAUAGUUUAUGAGAUUGAUAUAUUUUAGAAGAACACUUUUGUAUAGCACUGAGGAGCGAAUUAUUAUUUUAUUACAAAUUAUUUAUAUUUGUAUGCUAUUUUGAAAAACUAAAUUUUGUACAUUAUCUAAACGAGAAUAUGUUAAUUAAAGUACAUAAAAAGAGAAGUAAACAAUUUAAAUUAGACAUCUUAUACUAAUAAUCAAUUCUUAUAUAUUAGUUAUAUUUAAGCUUAUAUUUAUUAAAAACAAAUAAAAAGUUAAUCAUUGUAUCAAUCAGUUAUUAUUAUUAAUAUUUUUUUAAACUACACAUUUAGUUGUAUCAACAUAUGUGAUCUUAUAGGUCAGUUAUAUAAUUAUAUAUUAGAAUACUGUAGUGUAUAUGUAAAAGCGAUGUUGUUUUUUAAGAUUUCUAUCUUUAGAAAGAAAAUUGGAUGUUGAUCGUUUUAUAUAAAGUAAAGAAUGUGAUGGUUUUGUUGAUUUAUUUUAUUAGUGUUUUAUUUUUUAUUUUAUGUUAAAUACUAUGAUACUGUUAUCACUGUGAUAAUAGAAUAACAAAUUAAUAGUGAUAUAUAUGAUGUUAUUUUAUGGGUUAAUGAGCUAACGAAAAUGUGGUUUUAAAACAAGUAUAUUGUAUACAUGUAUAUUUUCUUUAAUUCUUAUAAUAAAAUAAUAUAUUCUACUAA